UAGGAUAUAUGUACAUCAGUUUGUUAUAAUUUGCCCCUUAAAACAUGUGGUGGUUUUGGCUACUAUAAAUAUUCUAGUAAAAGAGCUUCAAUAUUCCCCUUGUUAGCCUCUUCUUGCUGUGUGAUAGUGUUUGAGAGAGAGAGAGAGAGAGAGAAAGGGGAAGGAAGGAGAUCAUGGGAAAUUGCCAAGCCAUUGAUACUGCAACUCUAGUGAUACAGCAACCAAAAGGGAAAGUAGAAAGGUUAUAUUGGCCUGUGAGUGCAAGGGAAGUAAUGAAGACAAACCCUGGUCACUAUGUUGCCCUUCUUAUCUCCACCACAUUGUGUACAUCAAAGGACAAUGAAAAUUCUCCAAAUAAGAGUGACAACAACACCAACCCAGUUCGACUUACCCGAAUCAAGCUUCUCAAGCCAACAGAUACCCUUGUGCUUGGCCAAGUUUAUAGACUCAUCUCAGCUCAAGAGGUUAUGAAGGGUCUGUGGGCAAAGAAACAAGCGAAGAUGAAGAGAAACUUGUCAGAAUCAGCACAAAAUUCAGAUCAGAGUAAGGAAAAACCAGAGUUGGAGACAGACAAAACAGCAAGGAGGUCUAAGCCGGAGGACAACCAGGAAACAAAACCUGAAAGACAUGGGUCAAGGACAACAGCAUCAACUAAUGCAGCUAGCACCACAGCUAAGUUAAGAACAUGGCAACCCUCUUUACAAAGAAUCUCAGAGUCUACCAGCUGAUCUGUGUCUUCAAUCUUACCAACAUGUAACGUGAGGGACAGAGCACUCAAACCACCAAAAUAAAUCCCUCCAUGAUUGCUUAGAUCUGUGGAAAUUAAAUAUAGUGCAUUCAGGGAAGUCAGGAACAACUAGGAGAUGGUAACAUUCUCUGCAGUAUUGAACAAUUGGGUUGGCGCAUAAUAAUUGUGUAUAGUAAAGGUUGACAUAUCGGACAUCAAUUAAUGUAUUCAGAUAUUACUCUCCAGUUAAACCAGGCUUCAUCAUCACAACAAGUUCACCCUUGCUUUUAUGUGAUUUUUAAUUUUUAUCAAUACAUGGCUCAAAAUGAUUAAUACAUCAACACAAGACAGAUACUUACCAAAGAUCAAAAUAUAUGACCAUAAUAAAUUUGCAUUACGGGUAGAAAAAAUAGUAUAAUACAUUUUUUUUUAAAGAAUAUUGAUGCGCAAAUAUUGUUAUUAUUUCUUCAGUUAAACUUUACCGUAACAAGGUCUGUCAUAUUCCACAUACGGCUUAUUACAAAGUGUUCGAUCCUGGAAUUGGUGGUUGGUAUUUGUAUCUUGGAUCAGUAUGCUUGUCGGAGUCUAUGGAAGAAACACCGCAAGGGAUAACGGAUCACAGUGCACAAUAAUAAUAUUGGCAUAUAGCUAAAGACGUGGGGUGUGUGUGCAGACAAGAGAAGAAGGAAUUCAGAAUGAGUAGCUGAUAGACUUAAUCCUUUAUUUAUAGAAUGGAUUAUCUGUAAGACUGUAAGUGUAGAGUCCUGAUAAUAAUGUGACUGUUGGGGUAGAAUAAAUAAGUAAU